UGCGAAGUGACCGUGAGACCGCACGGACGUGGACAUCAGUUCUAAAUUUAAACAUAUCGAUAUUUUUGGAAAUGGCGCCUCAGUAUUUCUCUGGAUUAUUGAUCCUCUGUACAUGUUUUCUACUAGAAGUGUCAAGUCGUCCGUCGAGUAAUGAGUUGACGACGCCAACAAAUAUAGAAGAGGAUACAGAAGGAAACGAGGCAAAGCUAUUAAAUGAAAAAGAAAAAUAUUUAACACUUCUUGACAAUACAAAAGAAAUUUUAGACAAAAUAAACAUUGUGAAUGCAGCAUUAAAAAAACCAAAUCGAAGACAACAAAUAAAAUACAAUACUGAGUCACCAAAUCCUGGUGGAUAUGUUCUUAACAGAGAUAUUUUAGAAAAAUUACAACAAAUCAUUGCGUCUGGUAAACUACAACCGCUUUUAGAAACGAAUAAUUAUCAAGAAAGUAAUUCGUUAAAUGAUUUCCAUAGAAAUAUCCAACGAUAUUCAAAAAGCUUGCCAUACAACCCCCAAAUUAUGGCAGGAAAUCAAAUUACUCCUUCUGUUAUACCACUACCAUACGUUCAAAAUAUCCCUGUACUUGUUAUGCCUACUUUAAAUGCUUAUAAUCCAGGAUCAGGACAUGAUUACAAUAAUGUUGAUGGAAUAUCGCACUAUCAAAACAGACAAGGGCUGCCAUCAUUACCCUUCCAAUGGCCUUUGGCACCGUACUUUCCUAUAUUAAUCAAAGAUCCUUUCCUAACAUUCCUUCAAGGAGGUGGUUGGAGCAAUAUCUUUGAGGCAGGACAAAACGCUGAUGUAUGCAGUAGAAAACAGAAAUCUUCUGAACAAAUAAAUGAAUUGACAUUUCAAGAUGCAUCUGAUAACGAAACAGAAAGCGAUGACAACAUAACAAAAAAGUUGACCAUCAGCUCUAGGGAAGGAAGAGCCCUUAAAAAAAGAAACGUAUCUAAAUCUACAUCUACAGAUGAUUCAAAAACUCAACAAAAGUCGGAAAAAUUCCUAUUAAAGCCGAAUACAACCCAAAAACCUGCAAGGCCACAACCUGUUUCUUCAAUUGAACCAACAAAGGAUGUUAAAAAUACUAACGAAGAUGACGGUGAUUUGCGAUUUGGAGCGUUUACAUUUUUCGGCGAAAAGAAGCCCGUGGCUCCCAGUCCAGGUUUUUUCAUCAAUAGACUUAAAGUUCGAAAAGGCGGUGUAGCAAUCGCUGGGCCAGGAGGAGUUGCAACUGCUGGAAGGGGUGGAACAGCUAUAGUAGGACCGGGUGGACUCGCCUACACACAGCCUGGCGGACUUGCAGUUGCUGGACCAGCCGCUCGCGUAGUAGCAUUAUCGCCAGACAGCAAUCUCUCGUCAAUAAUCUCCCAGCUACAUCACUUGUCAGCAAAAGAUGGUUCUGUACCAAGAUUUUUAAAAGAAAUACCUGAAGGGAAAGUCGUUGCGACUGGCCCUGUUAUUUAUUAUAAUUCAAAAUUAUUCCGAGGAGAACAGCGAAGAGGAUUCCAAGGAGAUAACGGAGAGUAUAAGAGGGAAGAAUAUAAUUGGAGGCCAGACAUUUACCACUACAACCGUGGCAGAUUUGUGAAAGAAAGACAUUUAACAAUUCAUCCUAAGUUUAUGCUCUUUGUGAAACCAAGGGCUUUCGCACUUACUAGCUCUGGUGUAGCUAUAGCUAAUCCAGUAUCAAAUGUAGUGAUCUCUCAAAAUGAGACAGCAUCGAUAGAACAUGCUCCAAUGGCAACAGCUGUGGCUGGUCCUGGGGGCAUAGCUCAUGCUCAAUCAGUACAAUACUUACCCUUCUACGGCGGGGGCAAGGGUAUGUACCUAGAAAUAAAAAAAGAUACAUCAGGCAGAGUCAUAAGCGAGUUAGUUGUAUCAGAAGACAAAAUCAGCAUGGACAGUGUGAUCAAAAAUAGCGACGAAAAUCUUCUUGCGAAGGUGCUUGCAGCAAAUUUGCAAAGCUUAAAAGUACUAUCGAGCAGUACACUUAAACUUCACAAUUUGGGGAGGAGGACUGGUUCUUUAGACAAUGCUGAUAAAGAACGAUUUAAAAGCCAAUUAGAGAAACUUGGAGAAACAGCGUCGAAUACAAUUAAACUUAUUGAAGAAGUUUCUGACAAUAUUGAUGGUCUCUUCAAAAGUAAUCCCAAAGUAAGACAAUAUCAAGAGGACGAGACAGAUGAGAUAAACGAGGAAGGCAUCGGUAUAGAUGCCCCAAAUGGAGAUGAUUCCUUUUCUGAUGCUCUUUUAGGAGGUGCUACCGUUGCUGAGGCCAAACCAGUUGGUUUAGCUGUUAUUGGAGAGAAUGGUUUAGCAGCUUCAAGACCGAUAGGCACAGCUGUAGCAGUAUCGGGUAUAGCUAUUGCUAGACCAGUAGCUACUGCGGUCGCUGGUGUCAACCCUGCGGCCUUAGGGCUGAAUUUAUCAAUCAACCAUUCAAAAAACUGAUAUGAUUACUCCUGAAAUACUUACAAUCAUGAUAAAUCUAAAAAAGACAUAUAAAAUCUAAAAGAUAUCUUUAGAUUAAAUAAGUGCCAUAACAGUUUUAAAACAAAAGUUAAAUUGAUUUAGCAAAAUUAAAAAUUGAAUUAUAAUCGCAAUGAGUGAUGGUUAAUGACUCACAUCAUGAUUUUUUACCCAUUUCCAUUCUAGGGUAAUUUCAUUUGCUCCUCGUAUCCAUUACGCAACUUAAUGAAAAUUUUGUCACAUUUAUUCCCCUUUAUUAUAACUUAAAUACUUAAGAACUAUGAAAAUAAGUAAACGUGAUAAUAAUGUCUAAAUGAGACUAAAAAUCAUUGUAAUAAUGAUCUACUUAUAAAUACAAUCAAUAUUUAUUAUUUUUAUUCUUAUACUAAUGAUUAAAUUAUUUCCAAUAUG